AUGCCGCCGCUCAAGACAACUUAUUUGCCGUCGAAAGACUAUGAGCUCCCCGACAUCGACAUUCUGACCUUGAUAUACGAAUCGCCCGAGGCAUGGACGACCGAUUCCACGAUCCUCCACGCCGAAGCUGCUCUCCCCUCAAACAGCGUCACCAAGGCGCAAGCGAGAACCUACACCAAGCGCCUCACCCAUGUCUUCCGGCACCAAUUCGGCAUUGGCGCAAGUGGCCCGGGCAAGGACGUCGUGGUAUGCAUCUCGUCUGGCCAAGUUCUGCUGCCGAAUAUCUUUUACGGAGUGAUCGCCGCGGGAGGAGUGUUUAGCGCGGCAAGCUCCUCGUUCACACCCUUCGAGUUGGCACGGCAGGUCAAGCAGGGAAAGAGUAAUUUGAUCGUUUGCAGCUCCGACUGUGUCGAGGUUGCCGUCCGGGCGGCCAAGGAAUGCAAUGUACCGCUUGACCGGGUAUUGGUGCUCGAGUCGAUGGGUGGGAAGAGAGUACUACAGGACGUGGAGCGAAAAGGCAGGAAUUUCCUCCAGGAAGGCUGGAAGAAGGAAGAGGAGCUUGACUGGGAGAGAAUCACGGACAAGAAAAUAUUGGAGCAGCGGGUGGUCUGUUUGCUGUACAGCAGUGGGACGACAGGUGUUCCAAAGGGGGUCAAUAUAUCGCACCUCAAUCUCGUCUCUGAAGGGCUUAUCCCCCAGUAUAUGAUCCGCGAGUCCUUCAUCAGGAUACGCCGGCGCGAUCCCUCGUUCAAUCUCGAAUACCGGACCUUGGCCCACCUGCCCGCGGCGCACAUCGCCGGCUGCCAGGGGUACUUUGUCAACCCAUCGAUCGCUGGGGGACCUGUCUACUGGAUGCCCAAAUUCGACUUCCCCAAGUUCCUCGAAUACUGCAAGAAAUUCCACAUCACCCAAUUUUUCACCGUGCCGCCGAUAUAUCUACUCAUUGCGAAGAGCCCGCUGGUGACGGACCAGUUUGCGCACAUGGUGCACGCGGUCUCGGGCGCCGCGCCCAUGGGAGCAGAGCUGCAAGCCAUGGCGGAGAAGAAGCUCGGCUGCCAGAUCAGCCAGGUGUGGGGGCUGAGCGAGACGACGGGCGCCGUGACGGGCAUGCCGUACGACCAGGACGACAAGACGGGCUCGAUCAGUCCGCUUUUGCCGAAUAUCCGCAUGAGGAUCGUGGAUGACGACGAAAACGAUGUGGAGGAAGGAUCGGAGGGGGAACUCAUCGUUCAAGGCCCCAUGAUCACCACGGGCUAUUGGGACAAUGAGGCGGCGACGAGGGACAGCUUUUCGAAAGACGGGCAGUGGUUCAAGACGGGCGACAUUGGCCUGUGUAGGGACGGCAUGUUCUACGUGGUGGAUCGGAAGAAGGAACUGAUCAAAUACAAGGGCCUCCAAAUCGCGCCCGCCGAGCUCGAAGCCCUGCUGAUCUCCCACCCGCUGAUCCAAGACGCCGCGGUCAUCGGCGUCCCCGAGCCCGGGGGAUUCGGCAACGAAAUCCCCCGCGCGUACGUGGUCGCGGACAAAUCCAAGGUGUCGGAGGAGGAGAUCAAGGACUUUGUCAAGCGCAACCUGGCGCUGCACAAGCAGCUCCGCGGCGGCGUGGUGUAUCUCGACGCGAUCCCCAAGAGCGCCAGCGGGAAGAUCCUCCGGAAGGAUCUGAGGGAGUUGGCCAAGAGAGAGAGGGUGGGCGAGCAGGCGAAGAUUUAA